AGCUCAAAAUUGAAAAAAAAAUAAAAAAUAAAAUGUGCUGCUCCUUAUCUUCACCACUACCGAAUCUCUUCCUACUUGCAACCAUUUUAGCUUCAUUACUUAUUGCAACAACCUCACAUAUCGAUGAUAAGCAUGCCCCCGAUAUCCGGAGGUACGGGUUAGAGAUGGUGCAGAGGAAGGGGAGUCAGUUUGUAGUGGGAGCGGAGCCCUUUUAUUUCAAUGGGUUUAAUACCUAUUGGCUCAUGGUUCUUGCGGUCGAUCCUACGAUGAGGGUGAAGAUCACUGAGACUUUUAAACAAGCUUCUUCAGUGGGUCUUACUGUCUGUCGAACUUGGGCCUUCAGUGAUGGCGGGUGGAGGGCACUGCAGAAGUCUCCUUUUGUGUAUGAUGAAAAUGUCUUUCAGGCACUUGAUUUUGUGCUGAGUGAAGCAAAGAAGUGUAAUAUUAGACUGAUACUGUCGUUAACAAAUAAUAUGGAAGCAUUUGGUGGGAAGGCUCAGUAUGUGAAGUGGGGGCAAGCUGCAGGUUUAAAUCUCACUUCUGAUGAUGAUUUCUUCACUAAUCCCACCUUGAAAGGCUACUAUAAAGGUCAUGUCAAGACGGUUCUCAAUAGAAUCAACACCUUCACAAACAUCACAUACAAAGACGACCCCACAAUCUUUGCAUGGGAAUUAAUCAAUGAACCACGCAGCCCUACUGAUCCUUCAGGCAACAUGCUCCAGUCAUGGAUAGAAGAAAUGGCAUUUCAUGUAAAAUCAAUCGACCCGAAUCACCUACUCGAGAUUGGGCUCGAAGGAUUCUAUGGAAACUCGACGCCUGAUCGACUACGUUUCAACCCAGAUAGCUAUUCGGGUCAAGUCGGGACCGACUUCAUCAGAAACCAUCAAACCCUAGGAAUUGACUUUGCCACAACUCAUUUAUAUCCAGAUGCUUGGCUAUCAACUUCGAUCCCCGAAGCUCAACUCGAAUUCACCAAAUCUUGGAUGCAAAGCCACAUCGAUGACGCCGAGAAGGUGCUCGGAAUGCCGGUCGUGUUUGCGGAAUUCGGAAUGUCGGCGAAGGACAAGAACUUCAGUGUCAGUUUAAGGAAUCAGUUCAUUGAUAUGGUUUAUGACAACAUUUUGAACUCCACAAAGAGAGGAGGGGGUGGAGGAGGUUGUCUUAUAUGGCAGAUUUUCCCUGAAGGAACAGAUUUUAUGGAUGAUGGUUAUGCAGUGGUGCUUCACAAAUCCAAAUCUACAGGAAAAAUUCUGUCUCUGCAGUCAAAGAGAAUGAAGAUGUUCAAUUCUAUGUGUUCUUGGAGGUGCCAUUGGACUUGUGGAAGGAAGAAGAGGGUUUCAAAGCAUAAUCAACCAUGAUGAAAUAUUUGGAUUCAUAU